AUGUGCUGUCCUCACUUGUCCCCUAAAAAACACUAACAGAUAAAAUGGCGUCCGAAAACAGCUCUGUAUCCCAAGAUGAGAAAACAGCUCUUAUAGAGACAGACUCGGAACAAGAUGUGCAGCAGCAGUGUGAUACAGUUGCCAAACUGUGCGAGUCAAAGUUAACGCUGUAUCACUGGACGCAGUCGUUCAACUCUCAGAAGGUGCGUCUGGCCAUAGCAGAGAAAGGUUUGCACUGUGAAGAAUAUGAUGUGAGCCUACCGCUCAGUGAACACAACGAGCCCUGGUUCAUGCGCCUUAAUCCCACUGGUGAGGUGCCGGUCCUAGUCCACAAUGACAACGUCAUUUGUGAUCCAACACAGAUCAUGGACUACUUGGAGCAAAAUUUCAAUGAUGAGGGCACUCCCAAGCUGAUCCCUGAAGAGGGCAGUACAUACUAUCUCAGAGUGCAACACUACAGAGAGCUGCUGGACUCGCUGCAGAUGGAUGCCUACACCCAUGGCUGCAUCCUCCACCCUGAGAUCACAGUGGACUCCCACAUACCUGCAUAUGCUGCCACAUGUAUACGAACGCAGAUUGGAAACACACAAACGGAGCUAAAGAAACUGGCAGAGCAGAACCCAGAGCUUAAAGAUGCUUAUAUAGCAAAACAGCGGCGCUUGAAAUCCAAGUUGUUUGACCAUGACAACAUGAAGUACCUGAAGAAGCUUCUGGAUGAACUGGAGAGUGUGAUGGACCAGGUCGAGACAGAGCUCCAGAGGAGGGUGGAAGAAACGCCUGAAGAAGGCAGUCAGUCCUGGCUUUGUGGUGAUUUUUUCAGCAUGGCUGAUGUCUCUCUGGCAGUCACUUUACACCGCCUCAAGUUCCUCGGCCUCUCCCGCCGCUACUGGGGCAACGGUAACCGUGUGAACCUGGAAACAUACUACGAGCGCGUGGUGGAGCGCCCGGCCUUUAGGAGAGUGCUGGGCCAUGUCAACAACAUCCUGAUCUCCGCUGUCCUUCCUGUGGCGUUUCGUGUGGCCAGGAAGAACGCACCGGUGAUUUUUGGCACCACUCUCUUAAUAGGUGUUCUCGGAGGAGCUACAUACCUUGCUUUUCUUUACAUGAAGAAGAGGCUGACUCUCUCCAGCUGAGGGAGGCAAUGUGUGUUCCAGUUGCUUUGGGACGGAAUUAAGGGCUGCGAGGUACAUAAACACAGAAAUAUGAGAAAUGUCGCCUACGUCAUAAUUUAAAUUGCGUAAAAUUAAAGUAGAGAGUUUGAUCAUUCAGCAGGCAUCAGUAAUAUUUAAUUGAAACAAACUUUAAUUGUGUUGUUUUCUCUGUUGCUGGUUGCACAAAACGCACUUUCAAUCUGUAUCACACGCCAAAGGAUUGACUUCAACAACCAUACUGGUAUCUUAACAUGUUUUUGCCAUCACAUAUGCCACAUCUCGUGUGAUUUUGUAGCUCUGCAAAUGAAGAGUCAGCUUCCAAACAGCAUUGUUUGUUUUUACAAUCCAUACUUGCACAUGAAUGUACCAUUCCUCUCUGACAAAACUGAAUAUAUAUAUAUGUUCCAUGCGAUUCAGCAUAACUUGAUACAAAUGUACAAAAUACAAGUAGAUUUUUUUUUACAGUGCCAAAAGUUGUCAUGUAAGGCAUACUUCAUUUAUAUUAGUGUAAAUGGCUGCAAAAACACCAGUAUGGUCAGACACCCUAAAUCUCUAUUAGGAGUCUAAUAUGUGUUGUCGUUGUAACGUCCAUUUGCAUGUUAGAAAUGUUAAAAAGUAUACUAGAAAUCUUCAGCGUGCUUUCUGUGACCAAGUCUGCCAGCGUCUGCCAACCAACUCAUCUUUCUAGCAGUUACCAAACUGCACGUCAACACAAAGGCUCCGUAGGAACUCACUGUUAUCACACCUGCACUCAUGUUUUACUGUACGACCGAUGAACAAUUCUUUGAAAUAUUCUCUAUGUAACAAUAGCUGAUUGAAUGAAUGCUUCUCCAGUCACAUUCACAUCUUCAGGCUGUCAUAUGCAACAUCUGUCUGAAAUUAAAAUGCUCCCAAACAGAUCUACAGAGUUUCCUGUCAA